GAAGAGGAAGAGGAAGAGGAAGAGUACGAGUAAAAUGGUGGGUGUGCUUUCGAACAAAAUCCAGAAGGACGAAUUAAAGCCUGGCGACCACAUCUAUUCUUGGAGACACUCGUAUAUCUACGCUCAUCACGCAUCAGGAAUAUAUGUUGGGAAUGGAACUGUGAUCCAUUUCACUCGGGGACCGGGUCAGGAAAUUGGGACAGGAACGGUGUUAGAUCGUUUCAUUUUCAGCUCGUCUCCAUCCGAUCCCUCCAAGCCCCCAUGCCCGAUAUGUGGUGAUCAGUCAAAGUCUGAUGGUGUCAUCUCUUCUUGCCUGGAAUGUUUUCUUUAUGGUGGUGAGCUAUAUCUGUUUCAGUAUAGUGUCUCACCAGCAAUGUUUCUUGCCAAAGCUCGUGGUGGAACGUGUACUCUUGCCCCUUCUGAUCCACCUGAAGAUGUCCUUCACCGUGCUGAAUAUCUUCUUCAAAAUGGUUUUGGUGCCUACAACAUUUUCAAGAACAACUGUGAGGAUCUUGCAAUAUACUGCAAAACAGGUUUGAUAGUCUUCACAAACAUUAGUGUUGGCCGGAGUGGGCAGUUAGCAUCUUAUUUAGCUGCUGCUAGUGCCGUUGUCUCAUCGCCACUUCGCUUUUUGACUACUGGCUUUGCUGGUCUUACAGCAGUGGGAUGUGGCAUUUAUUGUAUUAGUCGAAUUGUGUCCGAUAUUGGAGUACGACGUGAUGUCAUGAAAAUCCCCGUUGAGAGGCUUGUUACCCACUCCCGCUCAGAUAAGUCUGAAGCAGCAACUGAGACCCCGAACGAAGACUUAUCUGUUCAAACUGGAAGUGACUGUUAUGGUUAGCCAAUUCGCUCCCUUAUUGUGAUCGCCAGGGAGAAUUUAUUUAAACAUUAUUCUGCAGGCUUUCCUGUUAAAUGUUACCAUAGUUCCGUUUCCGUGUCUUUUUUUUUGUGCAUUUGAAAAUGUCAUGGUGGUGUGUGAAAAACUAGUCCAUAUUGGUGUACUUGGAGUUGCAUUUAUGUAAACUUGGUCCUCAGAGUUCUCUUGUUUAUUUUUCUUUUUCGUGA